AUGGACAGCAAACGCCCCUUGAGCUCGUUCCGUCUUCUUUCAUUUGAUAUAUUCGGCACGCUGAUCGACUGGGAGACCGGGGUUUACGAAGCCCUCAAGCCUCUAGUCCAACGGUUGGAUGACUCCAAUCUCCUGAAGACCGAUCGAAAGAAGCUUGGAGACUUGUACAGUAAACAUGAACGAGCUGUUCAAAUGAGUAACCCCGGACUAGCUUACAACUUGGUUACCAAGGCGGCUUACGAGAGUCUGGCAAGGGAGAUACAGUCUCUCCCGACACCAGAACACCUCCUAGAAGAAGAAUCAACGGCAUUCGGCAGCAGUGUCAGCCGCUGGCCCCCCUUUCCCGACACCGUGGCCGCCAUGCGCCGGCUGAAGCAGAAAGGGUACAAGCUCGUCCCACUGUCGAACGUGGACCGCAGCUCCUUCUCCAACACGCUGGCCGGGCCGAUGGCAGGGCUGCGGGAGGGGCUAGCACCGGACGAGCCCUUUUUCGACGCCAUCUACACGGCACAGGAUGUUGGAUCGUACAAGCCAGACCUGCGCAACUUCGAGUAUCUGGUUUCACACGUCAAGUCCGAGUUUGGCAUCGAGGCCGCGGACAUCCUUCAUGUCGCGCAGGGCCUGCACCACGACCAUGAGCCGGCGAAGAAGAUGGGUCUUAAUAGCGUCUGGAUCGCGAGAGGCAGCGGAUCGAGCAGCAUGGGAACCGAUGUGUCCGAGUAUCUCGAGGGAGGAAAAGUAGCCUUUGGAUGGCGGUUUGACGACCUGGCGGGGCUGGCGGACGCGGUUGAGGCUUCACCACUGUAG